AUGGCCUCCUAUAAAUAGGGGAGUGGGCUCCUCUCUCAGCUCACAAGCUUCUCGCCUUCCUCAGAGAAGCACACUCUCUGUCUAACAGAAUGGCUCCUACCUACACCAGAGACUCUGACAACACCAUGCUCUCUACUAAAGACAAACAUAAACUAAGGAAACCAGUUGUGGAGAAGAUGCGUAGAGACCGCAUCAACACCUGCAUAGAGCAGCUCAAGACCCUGCUGGAGAGGGAGUUCCACAAACAGGAUCCCAAUGCCAAGCUAGAGAAGGCUGACAUCCUGGAGUUGACGGUGGGGUUCCUGAAGCAGCAGCUGCAGCCUCAGCGCCCAGUCCUUCAGAGGGCCCACAGUGAGGGCUACUCCCAGUGCUGGAGGGAGACACUGCACUUCCUGUCUUCCAGCUCCAUGAAGGACAUGAUGCUCCAUAACCUCCAGAGAGCUGAACAGGACAUCUGUCUCUCCUCUCCACUCUCCUCCCAACACCAAAACCACAGCCAGGGCCCAGUGAAGCAGGCCAUCACAGGCCACAAAUCAGUCUGGAGGCCUUGGUAGAACCACCGCAUAAAGAGACUAUCUCACAAACUGGAUGGAUGUUUACCAUCUUUCUUGCUGUAGGAAAUACAUUUCCAAACGUUAUAUUGAAAUUAUAUUAUUUUCUUGUUAUAUUUGAACGGAAUUCUACUGAGGUGAUUAUUUGUUCUCAGAGAAGAAGCUGAAAACAUAUUUGUAUUAAUUCAUAAUGAAGAAUAUGUUUGAUAUUUUACGCGUAUGUUUAUGUGUGUAUACGUUUUGUACUCACUUGAUGCACCAAUGUGUUCUUUAGUCCUUUCAUUUUCUAUGAAGAUGAUUGGUAAAGGUCAUAUCUUAACGUGUAUGGUUGCUUAGCUAACUCAAAUCUUGCUUUAACUCUAUUAUAUGUACUGUCCUAAUGAAGGACAUUUACAAAUGCUUUGAUAUGUCUUUUGUAAAGGCUUUUUGGGACAUUGUUGUUCCACCAUAGGCACUGUUGUGCUGUGAAAUGUAUUGUUGACACUGUGUGUCUUUCAUUCUCACUUGAUAAAGUGAACAGACACCUAAAAUGGAUUCCAAUAAAUGUUUUGGAAAGUAA